GCAACCAUGUCGGCGGCCGCGCGCAGACGUCAGGCUUCUGGCGUGAAGGGAGAAGCCCCCGCCGCCGCCGCCGAAGCAGCAGCAGCUCGCGGAGAUGAUGAGCUGGGCAUGGCGGCGGCGCCCAGCCUCACCGUCUGCCUCAAGCUUCUGGCGGCUGCCUUCUACGGCUUCAGCUCCUUCCUCAUCGUCGUGGUCAACAAGAGCGUCCUCACCAGCUACGGAUUUCCUUCUUCGCUGUGUGUGGGACUAGGCCAGAUGUUGGCUACGGUGGUUGUCCUCUGGGUGGGAAAGGCACUCAGGGUGGUGAAGUUUCCUGACUUCGACAGAAAUAUACCUCGAAAGACUUUUCCACUACCUCUCCUGUAUUUCGGGAACCAAAUCACAGGACUGUUCAGCACAAAGAAAUUGAACCUGCCAAUGUUUACAGUCCUGAGACGGUUUUCCAUUCUGUUUACAAUGUUUGCAGAAGGAAUUCUACUCAAGAAGAAAUUUUCUUGGAGGAUUCAGAUGACAGUAUUUGCAAUGAUAAUUGGUGCAUUUGUAGCUGCAAGUUCUGAUCUGGCAUUUGAUCUGGAAGGCUAUGUGUUUAUCUUGAUUAAUGAUGUAUUGACAGCUGCAAACGGUGCAUAUGUAAAACAGAAACUAGAUUCUAAGGAGCUGGGAAAAUACGGCCUUCUAUAUUACAAUGCACUGUUUAUGAUUCUCCCUACCUUGGCCAUUGCCUAUUUUACAGGAGAUGCGCAAAGGGCAAUGGAAUACAAAGGCUGGUCAGACACACUUUUCCUUAUACAGUUUACGCUGUCAUGUGUAAUGGGGUUUAUUUUGAUGUAUUCCACAGUACUUUGUACUCAGUAUAAUUCUGCCCUUACAACUACAAUAGUUGGUUGUAUUAAGAAUAUUUUAAUAACCUACAUCGGAAUGUUCUUCGGAGGGGAUUAUAUUUUCACAUGGACAAACUUUGUAGGGCUAAAUAUCAGUAUUGCUGGAAGCCUGGUGUAUUCUUACAUCACCUUUACAGAAGAGCAACUGAACAAGCAGUCUGAAGUUAGCAUCAAGAUGGACAUUAAAGGGAAAAGCUCUGUAUGACAAAAGGGUCACUUACCAACAGUAACUCUUGAUUUUCAGCCGUGAUUGCUGACAAAUCACUAGAAUGUGCAGUAUUUCUGGAUAGAAUUGUAUGUGCAAAUGGAGAGUACCCAAUAUGAAGAUUGCUCGCUGCCUUUUAGAAUGAGAUAUUUAACUGAUAGCACAAAAUAUACAGCUGGUUGUUAACACUAGGCUGAAAGGAAUAAGGUUUAAAGUCACCAUCUGUGAAGAAAAAUACUUUUAAUGCUCUAUAGCAUUUAUAAUCUUGAGUGGAGCAAGAAAAUGUGUCCUACAUAUUUCAAAAUGAACUGAGGCUAUUGUGCUAAAAGGUUCAGAUUCAGUUCACUCAGCAUAAGAUAGCAAACAAUUUCUCAAAGAAAUGCAGUAUAGACUGUAGUAACUAGGGAUGCAAUUCAGAUCACUUAAAUCCCAAUGGAAACAACUUUUCUGCCCACAGUAAAGUAUUAUUAACUUCAGCAGUAUUUAUACCUAAGAGGCUUGUAAAGCACAAUAGUUAAGUGGGAUAUUUGAGCCAAGGGAAGUAUAGGAUAUUGCAGAGCAAUGCAGGCCAAAUCUUAAAGCCUAGCAAGACUUCUAUUGUGCCUAAAAUUGGACAGCAAGAAUAAUUUCUGUUGAAUAAGAAAAUGAUUUAAAUCAUUUUCUUAUUCAAGAAUCGGCAAGAACAAAUGGAUUCCUUUGGCAAGGAAUUCUUUUCAUAACAUUGUAAUGCCCCCAGUAUGAAUCCCCCUUUAAACUCAGACUCAUCUGCUAAGUUAUAAGCAAGUUAUAACUUAGGGACUAAGUAGCUAAAGAAGAUUCAGAUGUAAAAGAAUAUUGAACCAGUGCCAUGCAAAUACAGUUAUUUGUAAUAAUUAUAUUUAAUAAAGUUAUUUGUAAUAUUUACAUUUUUGCCCACCUGGGUACUUCCACCCUGUGUAUCCAAGACUAACAAACUGACAGAGGUUAGAGAGGCCGAAACUCCCAAGUUCUAUUAGAAACUGUUUUUAACAGCAUUUUUCUUAAGAAAAAUGGUAAAGUUCUGAAAAUAGAGACAUUUUUGUAUAAAUUUAGAUUGAGAAAUUGAGGAACACAAGGUCUAUAAAUAUAUUCAAUAUAUUAAUUCUGUCUGUUAAAAACAAGAGUGUUACAGCUAAUCUGUAAGUGCCAGAGAUUUUAAAUGCCUUUAACUAAAAUGCAAAAUAGAAUUGGCUUUGCUAAUUAGGGAAGCAUCAGAUUAUAUAGGUAGAGAGAUCACCAACAAUUUCAUCAGGUGUGGAAGAGAAAUUUCAAGAUCUGCAGCCAACAGAAGCACUUCAACAUAAAUAGGAACUUUGCUGCCUGCCCACACAUGCUAAUGGCACUAAAGCCAGAUGAGGCAACAGCCAGCCUCUUCUCAUGAGCCAGAUGAAUGGGUUCUAAUCUAGACUCCAUGGUGAAAAUGUUCCAAGAUGGUAGCUCAUUCACAGGCUGUUUUCCUUAACUUUGGUUAAAGGGCAGCAACAAGACAAUUUGCAUAAAUCAUCCUAAACCACCAAAACCUCUGCAUCCAAACUGCAAACCUAGCUUGGAAGCUAAAACUUUGGACCAGCAAAAACUAACACAUUCCAUACUUAACUUUACAUACCACUUCAUACAUUCGGGACUUGGUGUAUCAUGUUCCUUCAAGCAUCAUUUAGUAAUGCACAGUACAGUGGUACCGCGCAAGACGAAUGCCCUGCAAGACGAAUUUUUCGCAAAACGAAUUGACUCGCGGAACGAAUUAAAUUCGUCUUGCAAGGCACCACUGUAUUUAAGGAACCUUGGCUACAGUUAUUAACCCCUAUGUCUUAUGCACCUUUUAUCAAACGGAGGUUGGUGAUGCAACUAAGACUAAUACUGAGAUUUACCUUUGCAGUCCCAAAAGAAGCAAUUUAUCAGAUUGGUUUCUUUGGGUGUAGGUCAUCUCCUAGUUGAUGACAUUUACCAAUGAUUUUUACAGUGAUUAAACUUCAGUACAUGUUCAUUUCCAGAGUAAAGCUCUCUAUUCAAUCCAGAUUCUGCACUUUAAAAAAGCUGAAUAAUGUGACAUAAAUUAUGCAAUUACUAUUUUGCAAAGUUUAGGGAAGUUUCAUUUGUUGGAGAAGCAAAGAGUUAAACCAGGAGUUGAAGCCAAACUCCCAGCAACUGGAAAUGUUCCGCCAGUAAACAGAUUUUUGAGAUUGUAGAGGACAAGGCCUGGUGCACUUUCAAGCAUAAUUUGAAACAAGGGUGUGUAUUAUCUAAUGCAACAUAAAAAUGGCCCAGCUUGCACAUAAUAAAUCAUAGUUAAUUGUGUACUGUGAUUACACAGAUUGCUCAUCCUCUCUAGCACCAGUGAUCCCCAGUAAGUGUUAAGCUCAUGCCAGCAAUCCUGGGAAGGCAAAUCCAACACUCAAUGUGCUUGGAUGUAAUGCCAGGGUUCAUGAUCGGUUACUCCAGGGGUCCCCAAACUACGGCCCCCGGGCUGGAUGUGGCCCAAUCGGCCUCCCAAUCCGGCCCGCGACGACCCCCGCCGCCCGCUGCCGCCACCUGCUCUUACGGCGCGUGGCGCGGCGACGAUCUUAGAAAUCGGCAAAAAAUCGCCGAAAAUCCUUUGUGCGCAUGCGUAUGGGCCUCUCCCGACCCAGAAGAGAUCAUUUCCGAUGCACUUCUGGGUCGGGGGAGGCCCAUACGCAUGCACACAAGCGAUUUUUUCCCGCCCGUGUGCGUGUGCGCACGGGCGCACACUCCCCCGCCCUCCGGCCCGCCGCGCGGCGGGCACCAGCCCACUGCACGGUAAGUCUGGGGACCCCUGGGUUACUCCUUCCAAUGUUAGGGGAAGAGCUUUAGUUACCCAUUCAGACUAAAACAUACUGAUGCGCAAACACAACCUUCAUAUAUGCACACACAUAGAAUUGUAGAGUUGGAAGGGACCACAAGGAUCAUCUAGUCCAGGCAUCCCCAAACUUCGUCCCUCCAGAUGUUUUGGACUGCAAUUCCAUCUUCCCUGACCACUGGUCCUGUUAGCUAGGGUUCAUGGGAGUUGUAGACCAAAACAUCUGGAGGGCCGCAGUUCGGGGAUGCCUGAUCCAACCCCCCUGCAAUGCAGGAAUCUUUUUGUUCAACAUAGAGCUUGAAGCCAAUACCCUCAGUCAAAUUAUAUAUUGUCUCUGGAAUCUGCAUCUGCAGCCGUUACCCUUUUCUCUGCUUCUAUGGCAUUGGUAUGCAUGUUGCAGAACAUUGGGAAAAACCCUUUAUAAACCUUAGUAUGUUUCUCAGUGUGUGAUGCCCUUUUCCACCCAUUUCAAAAAAACCCACCUUUCAAUGCUUUGAAUAUGAACACGCCUUAUCCAAAAGGAAAAAUCCACAUGCUGUUGGCUACUGAGAAGAGACUUAAAAAGGAGGUAAAUUUUAACAUAUACAUUAUGGGCUGAAAACAGGAGAUACUAGAUACAUAAAUACUAAAGAGCCACCUUGAUCUGAAGCUGCAUGUUACAGUUUAAUUUAAUUUAAUACAGUUUAAUUUACCCUGUUCCCAUUCAUUACCUCAAUAUAUUGUGUGUUCAUGCGCACACGUGUGUGCACACAUAUAUUGAACACUGUAUAUAACCCCCAGUUGCACACUUCAUACAUACUUGCUUUUUAGAGAGUUGGGCUUCUACAGCUGCAAUCACUGGUUGCAAACCAAUGGAAAGAACAUGCCAGAAAGUCAUGUUGCACUAAUGCCAUUCAUUUCAGUAGAGUCCUGUAGCUUCUUUUUGGGCCUCAUUGAAAUGAAUGAUGUGUAUCUUUUUUGUUGGAUUUGUACCAUGUACAAUCAUGGUAGCAGUUACCUAUAGCCACUUUAUAAUACUUCACUUUCCAUACCAACUUCAAAUCUAAACAACUGAGAAUUCUGCCUAAGUAUUCAUUUUUUUAGGAAAGAGUAUACUGGCUUCUUAUGCAGAAUACAAGGCAUUCCAUUCACUUCAAACAAACACCACAUAAAUUUUACAACUAGCAAUUAUGUAUGGUAUUACUCACCACGUCAUUACUUGUCUACUUCCCUUGCACAAGAGUCCUGCCUAAAAGUACGAAACGCUGCAAAACACAAGUUCAUAGAGAAUAAUAUAUGUAAAUAUUUGUGCAAAUAAAAGUAUUUGCAUGGCCCAACUACAGAAAAUGUCCUCUAUGUAUAAUGAACUCCUGAUACAAUCAAAUUCUUGCAUUUCUUUUCUCUUUAAUCUGCUGUACUGAGGCAGUUGCUCUCAGGGUAUUUGUUACAGAGAUUUUUUUUAAAAAAAUCAUGUAAAAUUGUUCUGAAUGCAUUUGCAUUUCAUAAAAACUUUGCAGUGCCAAGUUCUAGAAGAUACUACAUACACUGGGAAGGUAAAUAAAAUUCUUACUAGUUUAUUUUGUAUGCUGUUAAUUUUCCUCUUAACUAUUUUCCUAAAUAGAAUUUAUUUAUGAGAUUGAGAAUUCUAGCAUUAAGGGUCAACUUUUUUU